UGAAAAAUGCAAGCAAAAACAAAAGUGGUGCGUUUAUAUUUUUGUCCCGUGUAAAAAAAUGCUUCGAGUCUCACAGCUCUUGACUGGUCGGUGGGCGCGAUUUCUAGUACCUGCAAACAAGAGGCGUUUCUCAGUUACCAUGGUGACGGUGAAGUUAACUUGACAAAAUGUCUGCUCAUGUUAACGCAGCCAACGUGACUUAGGGGCAGCCAGCAAAGGGUUAAACUGCUCAGUGAGGAAGAGGAGGAGGUAGGUGGAGGAGGAGGAGAAGGAUCAGGAUCAAUUCGUCGGUCUCUCGGCGGCUUUCUGAUGAAGAUGAGGAUGAUGAUGAAGAUUCUCUCGCCCGGCGGUAGGAAGAAAAUCAAUUGUCUUUGUUCUGACGUACAAGCAGUCGUGCGAACCUGGCGCGGGCCCGCGGCCGUGUGUGCGCGCCCGAGUUGGCGUGACUGCACGCGCGGAGCGUUUUGGGGAUCGUCAAGCGAAAUGUGAGGCGUCAAUCUUGACAUGUCACAUCAUCAUCAUCAUCAUCACCAUCAUCGCGCAUGAACGGCCAAACGUGACGUGCGCCUGCAAGCGGUCGCACUGCUCCUACGUGACGUCACCAUCAUGUCAGGUCCAACGACAUCUUAAAAGACCACCCGGUGGGGCGGGCAGAGCUGACCAUGGGAGACGGAGACCCCCUGCAGAUGGAAGGCAACGCCCUCCUCAAAGCCGUCUCUCAAGGGAAGCUGAGGCUGAGCCGUCUGCUGCUGGAGGGCGGCGCGUACGUCAACGAGGGCAAUGAGCUGGGCCAAACUCCGGUGUCGGCUGCCUGCCUGGCCGACUAUGAGGACCCUCGGACCCGCCUCCGGAUGGUGCGCUAUUUGCUGGAGAAAGGCGCUGACCCCAACAUUCCAGACAAGAGCGGCAGGACAGCCCUAAUGCACGCCUGCGCCAAGCGGGCCGGGAAGGAGGCCGUUUCCCUCCUGCUGGAGAACGGGGCCGACCCCAGCCUCAAAGACUACUCGGGGUGUUCCGCCCUCAUGCACGCCCUCAACAAGGGCGACCGUGACACCCUGCAGGUCCUGCUGGACGCCUGCAGGGCCAAAGGCAAGGAGGUCAUCAUCAUUACCACCGACACGUCUCCAUCUGGUACCAAAAAGACAAAGCAGUACCUGAACUCUCCUCCGUCUCCAGGCGUGGUGGAUAAGGUGUCCCCCGAGUCCACACCCGCCGCAGCCACCGCCGCCUGCAUGUCGCCAUCGGACGUGGAGAUUGUGACCUCGUCUCCGGCCGAGCGCGGGAGAGACAAAGAAGAAGAUAGGAUCUUCAGCUUCCCGCUUGCCUGCGCACUGCCGCCCCCCAAUGGCCGCCCUCUGGGAGAAAAGAGAAUGGGGACGGUGGCGGCGCCUCCACGCAAGCUCCUCAAGAGGCUCAACUCUGAGCCUUGGGGCCUGGUGGCACCCUUGGCCUCAGCCGCAGUGCCUCAGGAGAGCGCCAGGGGGCGUUUGGAGGAAGCGGAGGGCAUCUGUCGUCUUAGUCAACGAAUCAACGGACUGUGCCUCACCCAGCCCGCUCGAGCUCUGCUGUCACGGCGACACAGCAUCGAGACCCACGAGCCUUCUUCCCCAACAGUCACGGAUCGGUCCUGCUCCGAGGACCAGGUCGUUCUCUCCCCCUCCUCCUGGGCGGACAAUGUUCAACAGCACCAAAUCUUAUAUUGCAGGAACCCGGAGUCCAAAGAAAACACCAACCUGCAGAUAUCAACUCAUCCCAAAUUGACUCGGUCGGACCACUGCGAGGCGGACAGCCACGCGGGUCAGGAAUCCAUCCCCGGAUCUCCCGACUCUGGGCCGGUGUCCUUGGAGCGGAGGAAGUACAACACGUCCCCCCAUUCUCUGGUCAACAGCUCGUCUCGGGAAUCUCUCGAGAACAUCCCCAACUCCGUGUCGCCUGCGGCUGUGCGCCGCCGGAGCCCUGGACUCCUUGAGCGCCGCGGCUCCGGGACCUUCCUUCUCGACCGCAUAUCACACACCAGGCCCGGAUUUCUGCCGCCGCUCAACAUCAACCCCCAGAGACCCAUCCCGGAUAUCCGCUCCAACAGCAAGCCCCCCUCACCGGUCCACAGCACUCAUAAGAUCCUGGUUCCCGUGGCCCCGGCUUCGCCGAAACGUGGUCCUGACUUCAAAAUGAAAAAAAAGCUCAUGAGGAGGCACUCCAUGCAGACGGAACAGAUGAAGCAGCUCUCCACGUUCCAGGAGAUUCUGGCUGAGAAAGUCAUCGAAUCCAACGGGGAUUGACCUCUUCGUGGAUGGGGUCAUGUGGGGGCCGACUAAUUCUGCUCAACCAGAAAUGAGCAACUCGCAACUAUUUUUCUGUGGCACAGAUUUUGCCCUCCUUCACAUGUUUGAUCAUUUCUGUUUCAUACUUACACUUUAUUGAAACGUGCAGUAAAUUUUGAUGUAUCUAGAUGCAUCUGCAAGUAUUUGACAACGUAUAAAUGUUAUCACAUCACAUCUCAGGCCAAUAAUCAUGAGUGAUGGAUGGAGCUAAUGUGUUUGACAUUUUGACCAAUCCGGAAUGACACGUUUCCAAAACGGCCUGUUCCCGCUCUGCCUCGGCCUCGGCCUAGCCUCUGUUUCGUUUCCAUGACAACAUGCGGCAAUCAAUUGAAGCAGAAUCAACGGAACUGCGCAAGCCUCCACUGUACACUCGCAAUGUGCGGGGUUCUGCAGUAAGAUUUCAUGAGUGGCGAGUCCCCGUGAUUCAAAAUAGCAAUCGCCACCGCAUGAUGACCUCACUAAUUACAUUCCAUUAAAAUGCACAGAAGCUUUCAUGCAGACCCAAACAAUCAAUUUCCAGGAUUAAGCAAGCGAGAGACAGUCCCCCGGUGCCAAGACAUAAAAAUACAGUAUAUACUGUGUAUGUAGUGCACAUAUAGUGUUUUCAAUAAUUCUUAACCAUAUAUAUAUAAUUUCAUAAGUGCCAAUGGAAGAAAUAAUGAAGCUUGCGGUAAGGAUUUUAGCGAGUGGCACAUACCCACUUGAACGGGGGGCUGGCUCCCAUUCUUUUGGCUGUUCAAUGAAACACUUCCAUGUUUUGUCUUACACAAAAUAUUAUUUAUUGAUAAAUGUGAAAAACAAACAAAUAUGUAUACAGGACUGUUGGUUAUCUAUUGGUGAAAGAAAACAUGAAUAAACACACACACAAACA